AUGGAUGUGAGGUUCUACCCCGCGGCGGCCGGGGACCCCGCCGGCCUGGACUUCGCGCAGUGCCUGGGGUACUACGGCUACAGCAAGUUUGGAAAUAACAAUAACUACAUGAAUAUGGCUGAGGCAAACAACGCUUUCUUUGCAGCCAGCGAGCAGACAUUCCAUACACCAAGCCUUGGGGAUGAGGAGUUUGAAAUACCCCCCAUCACGCCACCUCCAGAGUCGGAUCCUGCCCUGGGCAUGCCUGACGUCCUCCUGCCCUUUCAAGGCCUCAGCGAUCCGUUGCCUUCCCAAGGAAGUGAAUUCACACCCCAGUUUCCCCCUCAAAGCCUGGAUCUUCCUUCCAUAACAAUCUCAAGAAAUCUCGUGGAACAAGAUGGCGUGCUUCAUAGCAGUGGGUUGCAUAUGGAUCAGAGCCACACACAAGUUUCACAAUACCGCCAGGAUCCCUCUGUGAUCAUGAGGUCCAUCGUCCACAUGACGGAUGCUGCUCGCUCUGGGAUCAUGCCUCCUGCCCAGCUCACCACCAUCAACCAGUCUCAGCUCAGCGCCCAGUUGGGGUUGAAUUUGGGAGGGGCCAGUGUGCCCCACACAUCUCCUUCACCUCCUGCGAGCAAAUCGGCGACUCCCUCCCCUUCCAGCUCCAUCAACGAGGAGGACGCUGAUGAAUCCAACAGAGCCAUCGGAGAGAAAAGAGCUGCUCCAGAUUCUGGCAAGAAGCCCAAGACUCCAAAGAAAAAGAAAAAGAAAGAUCCCAAUGAGCCACAGAAGCCAGUGUCAGCAUAUGCUCUGUUUUUCAGAGACACACAGGCUGCAAUUAAAGGUCAGAACCCCAAUGCAACCUUUGGAGAGGUCUCAAAAAUCGUAGCAUCUAUGUGGGACAGCCUCGGGGAAGAACAAAAGCAGGUAUAUAAAAGGAAAACGGAAGCUGCCAAGAAAGAAUACCUGAAAGCCCUUGCUGCAUACAGGGCCAGCCUCGUUUCUAAGGCUGCCGCCGAAUCAGCAGAAGCCCAGACCAUUCGCUCCGUUCAGCAGACCCUGGCGUCCACCAAUCUGACCUCCUCCCUCCUUCUCAACCCUCCGCUGUCUCAGCACGGAACCGUGUCAGCGUCCCCUCAGACUCUCCAACCGUCGCUCCCUCGGUCAAUCGCUCCCAAACCCUUGACCAUGAGACUCCCCGUGAACCCGAUGGUCACGUCGGUCACCAUCGCCGCCAACAUGCCGUCGAACCUUGGGGCUCCACUGAUCAGCUCCAUGGUGGGCUCGGCAUCCUCCGCCCAGGUGAGCCCCUCAGUGCAGACGCAGCAGCAGCAGCAGCAGCAGAUGCAGCAGUUGCAGCAGCAGCAGUUGCAGCAGCAGCAGCUCCAGCAGCAGCAGCUCCAGCAGCAGCUGCAGCAGCAGCAUUUUCAGCACCACGUGCAGCUGCAGCAGCAGCAGCUCCAGCAGCAUAUCAACCAGCAGCAGCUGCAGCAGCGUCUCCAGCUGCAGCAGCUGCAGCACAUGCAACAUCAGUCCCAGCCUUCUCCCCGGCAGCACUCCCCAGUCACCUCCCAGAUCACGUCCCCCAUCCCCGCCCUCGGGAGCCCCCAGCCGGCCUCUCAGCAGCAUCCGUCGCAGAUACAGUCUCAGACACAGACUCAAGUAUUAUCGCAGGUCAGUAUUUUCUAA